UUCGUGAUUGGUAAAAUUUAAUUCUAUAACGACUGUUUGAUCGUGCUGUAACCAUUUCUCUGCGGUUUACAAUUCAGCGUUGUGUAAUUUGUUUGAUCGUAGAUUCUUUUAAACGCUGACAUUUUCCUAGGUUAUGACGGAAACGCAACAGAAGGCGAAAUGCAUCACAUUGAAAGGCUCCGCCGAGUUGGUUAAACAGUACCUGUUGUAUGGAGUCAACAGUAUACUCUAUCAAAGAGGAAUAUAUCCGCCGGAGAUGUUUCAGCCCGCUGAACACUUCGGCCUAUUUAUUUUCAUGUCCACGGAUGAUAAAAUUAUGUCCUUUUUGGACACUGUCAUGGGGCAGAUCCAGGAGUGGCUAAUUCAGCGUAAAGUACACAAGAUUGUCCUUGUCAUAACAAACGUCAACACGAAAGAGGUGCUGGAAAAAUGGGACUUCAAGGUCGAGUAUGAAGACCAGAAGUCAAAUGGAGUUGACAGUAAUGUCAAGGCUGACUCACCUGAAAUAGGAACAAAGGAUGUGAAAACUAUACAGAAGGAGAUACGAGAAGUGAUACGUCAGAUCACUGGUACAGUGAGUUUUCUGCCACUCUUGGACUGCCAAUGUUCCUUUGACAUAUUGACGUACACCAUACCUGACUGCAAUAUUCCUAACAAGUGGGAUGAGACUCAACCAGUUUUCAUUGCAAAUAGUCAAGAAGUACAGCUUAGAUCAUUUUCAACCUCCAUACAUAAGAUGGAAACUAUAGUGAGUUACAAAAAUACUUGAAAUUACUUUAUUCUUUUUUACGUUUUUUCUUUUUUUCUUAUAUAAUGAUAAUUCAAAUUUCAUUUAAAAUCGCCUUGUGUUAUAGAUGGAUUAUUUCACAAAUAUGAAAUAAAAAUCAAUAACAAAACUUUUUAAGAGAAACAUUUGAAUGUCUAUAGCUUUGUAAUAAACAAUGUUGUUCUGUCUGUUUUAAGAAAAGUCAUUUAAUACAUCUGUGAACUAAUGCAUU